AUGGCAGAUGAGACCAACAAUGGCGUCAGCGCAUCUAGGCACGAGAUCCGCCAACUGACCAACUCAGACGAAGACAUCAGCAAGGCAUGGCAGCUUUGGCAGACUAUCUUUCCCGACUGGCCGAUUUCCCAAGACCGGUUCGCGAAACUUCUCUUCGCACUCCCAGGCUAUCACUGUAUCCAUGAACACGGUCUUUGUCUUUCGUACGGGUCUACAGCCGAUCAGGGACGUGGACGAGUUGCUGCCAUCGGAGUCUUAUCAGGACAUCGCCGUCAAGGAAUUGGAAGCGCUCUUUUGGACAAGGCCAAAAUCGGUUUGAGAGAUACGGUAGGUGGAGAACUGAAGUCUUUGGAAGUAGGAUCUAUCUUUCCACGGUUCUGGUGGCAGAUCCCCAAUACGGCUCCGAAAGAGGCGAAGGAGUUCUUUUCACACAGAGGUGUUUACGACGCUUCUCAUCCAAUUCGGGAUCUUUACAAGGACAUUACGAAAGAAACCGUACCAUCCGAGAUACUGGAGCGGGUAUCGAAAUCAAAAGCCAAAUUUGCUCCGUGGUCAGCAGAAUUAUACGAAGAAUGCAUGACCAAACAACGAGCCCAAUUUAGCUGGGCAGGUAUCUACGAAGCUCUCGCUGCUCACAACCAACACGAUCAAGUUCUUGUCGCCUUCGAUCCGGAUACGAAUGAACAAAUCGGAUGGACCCUCAUGUGCUCCCAAGACUCCGUGGCUGCCGAUGCCUUUGCUUUCAUACCUCUGCUACCUUCUGGUGAGAAGACCGGCCUUAUCGCUGCUGUAGGAGUAGAUGAGAAGGCGAGAGGAAAAGGUAUCGGAUUGGCUCUCGUGAUCAAGGCGAUGGAGACUUUGAAAGAGAGGGGCAUGGAGGGAAUUCUUAUUGAUGCUGUGGAGAUACAAGGGUUCUAUGAGAGGCUUGGCUUUGCGACAUUUUGGGAGUACGAGGGUUGUACUUUGGAGGUUCCAUAA